AUGCCCUAUCCACGGCCUGUCUCCCCGGUCGCCCUCGAAACAUGCGUGCCUUCGCCCUCGGAGCUAUAUUCAGAUGACUUGGUUGCCUCUGAUGAAGAGCUAGAUGACGCCUCCCGGGCUACAAAGCGUCAGCGGGUCGAGAAGUUGGCGGAGUCUUAUCUGCAGGGUAAACCGCUGUUGAUUCUCUCUGCGUCACUGCGAGGCCCGUUCAAUGACGGAUGGGUGAAUCCAUGGAAGAAGAACAGGACCCGCAGGGUUGGCGCACGUGCGGGAGCUUUAUUGAAUCGUCAAACAAAUAUCCCCGAGCCGGUGGUCUUGGAAACUGAUUUGCGAGCUCCGAAAUACCGAGAGGGUCUAUCGGUCGAUAGUCGCCCCCGAGAGAUUCCUGCGACAUCUUACAACUCACCUAGAGGCUCGGUGCAAGCUGGAGGCCGUUCUUCGCCCGCUAAGUCUUCACGGAGGCAAUCCAGGGAACCCACCCCGCGCUCCGGGCAUGGUAGGCAAAAUGGAGCGUUACGACGGUCACCCACAAAACCAAAGGAACCGUCUUUGUCGACAGUGGAUGAUCAGUCAAUAAUUCCGCCUAGGACGGUGGAUUGGCUGAAGAAGGAUCGGAGGCUCAUGAACUUCACCAAGUUCGAACCGCCGAGCUCGCCAACAAUAUCCGUUGCUUCUCGUCAGUCCGAUAAACCUCGUCGACCGAUGCCUCGAUCUGUUCAAGUCCAGGUCCCGCAGACGCCGGGCUCGCCAAUAAAAUUCCCUCCUGUCAAAGCUGUGCCAGCGAAGACAGCCCAGAGUGGUCGUGCGCAUUCGAAUGGACGCCUAUCCCCGCAGUCGACUCCGGCCGCCUCAAAUGCACCCAAAGUCCCUAGCGUUCCCAAAUUAUCACCGUUUCAACAAUAUCAGCAAUCCUGUUUGCCACAGGAAGGGUCUCUCCGAAUUGUUAAUUCUUCUUCUCAGCUUCCGAGGUUUGAAUAUCGGAGGUGGCUCCGUGAGCAUUCAAGCCAACAGGAGAAGACUUCUCCUAUGCAAGAUGAUAGUUUCCUACAAGAAGAGACCUUUUUGCAGGAGGACAGCCCUCUAAAAGAAAAAUCCAUACCCGAUCCAUUACCCGCCAAUCCUAGUCCCGCUAAGGAUCAAGCAUUGGACCCUGCUGAACAUGAAUCUUUGGCUCCUGAAGACAUACCAGUUCGCAAUGACGACUCCAUAAUAAAAGAUACAAGCCACAAGACUUUGUCGAAAGAAACAAGGUUCGCAGACGAGGAAGAUGUCAUAGAGAACAACCUUGGGCUGGAGGAGGCUGUAGUAGAAGAUGUUACAAACGAGGAAGAUACGACGUUCCAAAACACAGAUCUCUCUGUGCCAACCGAACAGAACACCUACGAUGAUUUCCCUUCUGCCCAACAAGUGCCCGCACCUUUGGGAGUGUCCGAUCGGGUAACAUCAUUACACUCGACCGCUUUACCAAGAGGAGAUUCUGGACAAGAUCUACAGGCAAGCCUUGAUACCCAGCUUUCGACCCAGGCUGCCCUUCUGCAUGCCCAGAAGUCUUUCCAAGACGACCUGGACAGUCCGGAAUAUUACAAUCAACAGACACCCGAUCCGGAUCGAGCAGUCCAUUCACCCAAUGCUUCACACUCAGCAAAUGUCACUCCAUUCUACCGUCUAGAAGAGUCAAUUCGACGUGACCUAGAGCGAAGUUCGACAUCCACGAACAAGGACGCGAUGCCCGCAAUGAGCACGCAAUUCAUGCUUGAUGCAGCUACACCUUUCAAUUUUAGCACUGAGCAAGCCGGUCAAGAUCGGAGCUUGAAACCCACGAACAGAAACAUGACGCAAGCCUUAAAUACGCAGUUCAUGCUCGAUACAGCCACACCCUACGCUUUUAGUACAGAGAAGAGACAGCGCGCAUCUCGGCCAGACUCGGGCUCACCUACAACCAGAAGCUCCAAGAGAAAAAGGACGGCCAAUAUCGGAAGCCCAUCCCCUUCUGCUAGAAGUCAAUCAACAUCUCCCGACAACGAAUAUCACACUGCGGAAUCCCAAUCAGGUGAAGAUGAAGAAAGCCCACGAUCGGUUGCUCAACAGUUGGAUCAACAAACUUUCCAAUCUGCCACAGAGGUCGCGUCCUUGCCACUCACCCUAAACGACUCGAUACCAACGACAGGCCAGGACGGGCAAGGUGGAAUGGAGAGUUUCAACCUCAGCCAAGCAAUCGCAGAUGCUGGUAGUUGGCUUCAACAAAGCUUUGAUUUCAUGAAAGACAGCGGUCGCCCGAGUCAGAAUCCCAAGGCGAUUCCUACUAAUGCGCACCCAUCCCCUUUACACAUGGACCUAUCUCAAUAA